AUGAGUCGCAGAAUUAGAAUUCCUGAGGACGACGAUUCGCUCUCUAACCACAAUGAUGAGGAUUUACCACCUAGAAGGUCCAACAAAUCAGUUUCUUAUAAGGAGGAUGAGGAUGAGGAUGAGGAGGAGGAGGAGGAGGGCAAUAGCAAAGCUGUCACACCACUAGCAAACGGAAACGGAAACGGAAACGGAAACGGAAAUGGAGACAACUAUGAAAGCGAAGACGCAUUUGAUCAAGAUGCACUGGAUAAAGCAUCCUUGUCGGAAAAGGAGGACGAUGGUGACGAUUACUAUGACGAAGACGAUGAUACAAUUUCUCGGCCGAAACGGAAAAAGAGGAAAAUCGGACCCAAAGGUAAUGCAAGAGGAGGAACAGGAGGAAGAAAAGGAAGAAAAAGACAGCAUGUAGAUUCUGAAGACGAGGAUUUCCACGAUGACGAUGAUGACGGAGCGGGUGAUGAGGAAGAAGAUUCAGCAUUCUCUGAAGAAUACGAAGACGAUGAUUUCGUACAAAGGAAAAGACGCGACAACUUUAUAGUGAAGGACGAGAACGAGUGGGACGACGAUGAUGACGUUGCCUACGGUAAGAAACCAAAAGGUAAAAGAGGUCGUAAGAGUAAAGCAAGAUCGCGAUCAGCAGAACCUAGAAGAACAACAAGAUCAGGUAGGGUUUUGGAAGAAGACGAUACCCUGAAUACAUUGGGCGAUACUACCCGAGAUGAUGGAGAAGACGAUGUGGACGAUAUCAAGAAAGAGAUUGCCGACUUGUAUGACUCUUCUCCAAUUCACGAAUCUGAACCUUCUCAUCACAAACUUCGCCAAAGAACAAAAGUCGAUUAUACAAUACCGCCACCAGUAAGCAAUGACAUGAUGUUGGAGAGGCCCACGACUCCGUCAAGUGGCAAAGGUCGAAGAGGCAGACCAACAAGACAAAAUGAAUUUCGACAAAUCUUGUACCCUACAGCUGGACCAUUUGGUGGCAGCGACGUUAUCUCAUUAUUUGGGACAAAUAUUCCACCAGGAGGCAUUCCCCUACCAGGAAUAACUAAUACAAACAACUUGACUGCAAUUGGACAGAAUGUUAGCGAUUCAGACAGUUCAGAAGACGAGAUAAUGCCUUUAAACGGGGAAGCAACUGUGAGCAAAAAAACUCCGAAAAAGGAGAAAGCAGAUAGUUUAUUGAUCACUAGUGGUUCAGACGACAAGAAGAAAAAUAAAAACAAUUUGAGUGAUACCGAUCCACUAGGAGUAGACAUGAAUAUAGACUUUUCCGUUGUUGGUGGUUUAGAUAAUUACAUCAACCAGUUGAAAGAAAUGGUUGCACUACCAUUGCUAUACCCAGAGCUAUACCAAAAUUUUGCAAUAACUCCACCAAGAGGUGUUUUGUUUCAUGGCCCUCCAGGUACGGGUAAAACGUUGAUGGCAAGAGCUCUAGCUGCCAGCUACUCCACCUCGGAGAGGAAAAUUACGUUUUUCAUGAGAAAAGGAGCCGACUGUUUGAGUAAAUGGGUUGGUGAAGCUGAAAGACAAUUGAGGUUGUUGUUUGAAGAAGCGAAAAACCAGCAACCUUCCAUAAUAUUUUUUGAUGAAAUUGAUGGUUUGGCGCCUGUUAGAUCUUCGAAGCAAGAGCAGAUUCACGCCAGUAUUGUUUCAACGUUGCUAGCAUUGAUGGACGGUAUGGAUAAUAGAGGACAAGUGAUUGUUAUUGGAGCAACCAAUAGACCAGAUGCAAUAGACCCUGCGUUGAGAAGACCCGGUAGAUUCGACAGAGAGUUUUACUUUUCUUUACCUGACGUUGACUCAAGGAAGGAAAUUUUGAAAAUACAUACAAAGAAAUGGGUUCCUCCCCUUGAGGACAGUUUCAUAGGCAAGUUGGCAGAUCUCACAAAGGGGUAUGGAGGUGCUGAUUUGAGAGCGCUAUGUACUGAAGCCGCAUUGAACAGUAUCCAAAGAAAAUAUCCACAAAUUUAUGAAACGAAUGAUAAGCUCGAUGUCAACCCGACAAAGGUGAAAGUGAUUGCAAAAGAUUUUAUGAGAGCCUUGGAUAGGAUUGUCCCUUCGAGUGCCAGGUCUACUUCUGGUGGUUCAUCUCCACUUGCAGACCAUUUAAAACCAUUGUUACAGAAUGAAUUCGAUGAAAUUAUAGCAAGAUUAACCGACUUGCUUCCAGCAUCAGUAAACAAAAAUGGAAAACAGAAAUUAACCGCAUUGGAAGAAGCAAAAUAUCUUGAUCCAACAAUAAACGACCCCGAUGGCGGUUUUGCAAAGCAACAGUUGUUAAAGAAUUUGGAAAGUUCAAGAAUAUGCAGGCCUCAUUUGUUAAUUAGUGGACGUGAAGGAAACGGACAGCAAUAUCUUACUGCUGCCAUAUUGAACCAUUUGGAAGGAUUUCAAGUACAGUCAUUAGACUUGGGGACAAUUUUUGGCGAUUCUACAAGAACGCCCGAGCUGUCAGUUGUCCAUGCAUUUAUCGAAGCUAAAAGACAUCAACCAGCAAUAGUAUUGAUUCCCAAUAUAGACAUAUGGUUUGAAGUUUUACCAGGACCUGCUAGAGCUACGUUGUCCACUUUGCUAAGGAGUUUGAAAAGUAAUGAGAAGAUUCUAUUGCUUGGUGUUGCGGAAACUUUGAUAGAGCAUAUGGACCACGAGAUUAAAGCGAUUUUUGGGUUUGAAAGCCCUAGCAACAAUUUAAGUUUACGAAAUCCGACGCUAUCUGAAAGAGACAAUUACUUUGCAACUCUAUGGAAGACCUUAGCAAUGAAACCGUAUGAGUUUGUCAAUGAUUUUCAAAAUCGACCAAAAAGGAAACUAAAACAGUUGAAAGUUGUCGAGCUAGCAAAAAAGGACUCACAGUUGGAGCUCACGAAAAAAAAGAUAAAAGAACAGGAGUACAAUGAUACUAAGCUAAAAAACGUAUUGAAAAUCAAGUUGGCUAGUUUAAUGGACUUGUUCAAAGUGCGUUACAAGCGAUUUAAAAAACCAAUAGUUGACGAAAAUUUGUUGCAUCAUUUGUUUGAUCCAUCAGUGUUGGACAAUCCACUACACAAUUAUCAAGUUCUUUAUGUGCGCUCUUCAGACGAGGGAUGUACAAAUAUGAUCAAGGAGCUAUCAACGGGUAGAAAUUACUACAACAUGGAUUUGGAUACAAUUGAAGAAAGAUUGUGGAAUGGAUUUUAUAGCGAACCAAAACAGUUUUUGAAGGAUUUGAAGUUAAUUUUGAAAGAUAGUAUAACAUCGAAUGACCGAGACCGGAUUCUCAAAGCGAAUGAAAUGAUCACAAAUGCACAAUUUGGUAUUGACGAUUUUGCCAAUCGAGAGUUUCUCAAGGCUUGUAGAGAGGUUAGGGAGAGGGAUUUGAUGAAACAAAAGCAAUUGUUGAAAGAACACGAAGAGUUAAAGGCAAGAGUGGAAGCGGAAAGACGAGUAAAGGAGAAUGUUAUAGUAGACAAUACAAUUGGCGUGGAUGCAACAAAUGGUACCAUGCUACAUGGUGUACCCGAGCCGAUGGUUGUAUCAGACGAGAAAAUGAAACCGGAAACUAUGCUUCAAAACGGCGAUGUGGAAGGUACGAAUAUUGCGGCUGCUGCGGCAGCAGUGGUAACAAAGGAGGUUGAAAAAAAUUUCGAAAUCAAUGGAUGCGAUGCAGUAGGAGAAGAACGUUCGACCAGAAAUGCUAUUGUAAAGGAACCGAAACCAGAAGCAGAAGCAGAACCGAAACCAGAAGCAGAACCAAAAGCAGAACCAAAAGCAGAACCAAAAGCAGAAGCAGAAGCAGAAGCGGAAUUGGAGUCAGAGUCGGAAGCAGAAGAUUUUGAUAUUGAUCUUACAAAAGAAGUUAUACUUGACAGUUCCAGAAUAGAUCAUCUCAAAAACGAGAUCUUGGCAAUGACAGAGGAUUAUAAUGUAGAAAAACUUGAAGUUGUGUUGGCUCGAUUAAUGGAUGUGAUUUGGAAGGACCGGAAUCAAUGGGACAAGUCUUGCACGCUAGACAACCUUCAAAAAACGAUAUCAGCCAUAAAGUCUACACCAUAA